UGAAUUUGUUUGUGGUUAUGCUCCUUCUGAUAUGAACACGGAUUUGGCUAUUACUAACAAAGAUGGGAUGUCUGUGUUAUUUGCUAUAUUCAUCACCUUCUUUCUUCCUCUUUUGUUCUAACUCAAAACUUGCUGUUUUUUUCUACUCAGAGUUUCAGUUGGAAAUCUGGUGUAGACUUUGAUGGUUCUUCCAUUUCCAAGGAUGCUUUCAGUCACAAGAGGGUUUUUGAAGUGAGUGGAUAUGGAAGGAUCUUAUGAUUCAUCGUCACGCAAUGGAGAAGCUGGUAACAGAAACCUUCAGAUCAUUGAAUACUCUCCUUAUAAACCUUUCAACAUGAUGAUACCCUCACCUUGGUUCGAUCUGAGAGUGUUUUAUGUGAGAGUGAGUGGAAUUCAGGUUGAUGAAUCCACCCCGGAAUUUCUCUCUCUCCAUCAUAUUCCUCUCAGUCCUGAUACCCUUCUGGAGGUGAAUGGUGUUAGGAGCAGCAUUUACUGUGAUGCAGAGUCUUCAGUUCUGAGAAGGGACAGAGUGGAUAAGAAAUCCGAGGAAGCUACCUUUGUUAAUACAGAUAGUAUACGUUUUACUGGGAGCAUGAAGUUUGAGGUUUAUGAUAAGGAGCUUUGUAUUCUCUCUGGGGUUCUGGAGAUGUCUAAUACCAAUGGUUUUGUUGGGGAAUCAAAAACUAGUGUCAAGAAAUGGAGUAUGAGUUGCCAAACAGAAAUGGCACCUGGCUGUGGCUUCUUCAAGGGAAAAUAUGUUUCUGUAACUGAAUUUUCUUGCCCUGAAAUUGAGGUUUAUGUCACUGGCAGCUUCUCAGGAACACCUAUAAUCUUAACCAAGACACUGCAACUCAAUUGCCGAAAGAAGCAUAACAGGAAAUCUGCCUUGGAUGCCAUUCCAGAAUACGAAACUACUGAAAGUCACAAAGAUGUAUCUGAUCAUGGACAUGAUUUGCAGCAUGUUGACUACAGAAGAAGCUUCAAAACGGAACAAGAAGAGGAUUACAACAGCAUGUAUUGGCAAAGAACAGCGUAUGCAGACGGUGAAGAUGGUGAACUAUCAUGGUUCAAUGCUGGGGUACGUGUUGGUGUUGGAAUUGGACUUGGCAUCUGUGUAGGAGUUGGAAUAGGGGUUAGCUUGUUAGUACGCUCAUACCAAACAACUACUCGUAAUUUUAAAAGGAGGUUCAUAUGACCCCUAAUGAGUUUGAAUAUCUAUGCUCUUUAGGUAAAAGGCAAGAAACUAUCAGUGAUAUUUCCCCCCCCUUUUUUGUACACUCAUUCCCCUUUCAUAAGCCUUUAAACAGAAUGUUCUUGUUUCAAAUUUUGUCACCACCAUCAAAUGACAUCCAUCGUGUGAUUGUUUGGUAGUUCAUAUAGGCUGUUGGUGGCACAAGCGUUUUCAUGUAAAUGGUCAGAAAAUUGUGUAGCAGUAAAUGGACGAUGUUUGAAAUUUGUGUAGUUGAAUAGUUAGUUCUUUUGAACAACAGUAUUUUCA